GUCUAUGAGUCAACUAAUAAAGCCAAUUGAUAAUAAAAAAGCUCUUGAGUCUCUCUGUACUUCUCCUCUAUGUGUUCAAUGCUUAUGCAUUACAAAAUUAAACAUUAAACAUUAAAUAUACUAUUUUUUGUUUUUCCAUUUAUGUAAGUUACCGAUGAAUUCCCGGCCAGGUAAUCCGACAAAGAUUGUAAUACGAUCUUCAACGCUUUUAUUCUGUGGUGUUGUUCUGAUUCAGCUGUUUGUUGCUCAAAUUGAUGCUCAAAGAUCAACAAGUCGAUGGCAGACGCUCAAUGGUGAUGCUCCACUAGUGAUUGCUCGUGGUGGCUUUUCUGGAUUGUUUCCAGAUUCAAGUCUAGCUGCAUACCAAUUUGCAAUGCAAGCAAGUUUAGCCGAUGUUAUUCUAUGGUGUGAUGUUCAGCUAACUAAAGAUGAAGUUGGGAUUUGCUUCCCUGAUUUAAAUCUGGCCAAUGCUUCAAAUAUACAAGAUGUUUACUCAACUCGUCGAAAAUCUUACCGGGUUAAUGGAGUCACUACUCAGGGUUGGUUCCCCAUUGAUUUCUCCUUGACAGAGCUCCAGAAUGUUUCUUUGAUCCGAGGUAUAUUUUCGCGCUCAGAAAGAUUUGAUGGAAGCGGAUUUGCGAUUUUGACGAUUCAAGAUGUAAACACGCAGUUAUUACCAAAAGGUUUUUGGUUAAAUGUUCAGCAUGAUGCGUUCUAUGAGCAACAAAAUUUGAGCAUGAGCAGUUUUCUGUUAUCAGUUUCAAGAACUGUUUCCAUUGACUUCAUAUCUUCCCCUGAGGUGAAUUUCUUUAGGAAAAUUGCCGGCCGUUUCGGACGUAAUGGUCCGAGUUUUGUGUUCCAGUUUCUUAGGAAAGAGGAUUUCGAGCCGACAAUGAACCGAACCUACGGUUCAAUCUUGAGUAACCUAACGUUUGUCAAGACGUUUGCUUCAGGGAUUCUUGUUCCCAAGUCUUACAUAUUGCCAAUUGAUGAGGAACAGUACUUGGUUCCUCAUACAUCCUUAGUUCAAGAUGCUCACAAAGCAGGAUUACAAGUAUAUGUGUCCGGUUUUGCAAAUGAUGUUGAUAUUGCAUAUAACUACAGUUGGGAUCCAGUGUCUGAGUAUCUAUCUUUUGUGGACAAUGGUGAUUUUUCGGUUGACGGUGUGCUCUCUGAUUUUCCCAUCACUGCAUCUGCGACCGUUGACUGCUUCUCCCACAUUGGCAGAAACGCUACAAAACAAGUGGAUUUUCUUGUUAUAUCAAAAAAUGGUGCGAGUGGGGACUAUCCUGGAUGUACAGACGUUGCAUAUGAGAACGCAAUCAAAGAUGGUGCUGAUGUUAUUGAUUGCUCAGUCCAAAUGUCUAGCGACGGUAUACCCUUUUGCUUAAGUUCAAUAAAUCUCGGGGACAGUACAACGGUCACCCAAACUCUUUAUAGCAACCGUUCAACUCCUGUUCCUGAGAUUAGCUCAGUUGCUGGAAUAUACACUUUUAGUCUCACAUGGCCUGAGAUCCAGAACUUGACUCCUGCUAUUUCAAACCCCUACUUCAGGGUUUACCGUAUUUCCAGAAAUCCGAAAGAGAAAAAUUCAGGGACGCUCAUUUCCCUUUCCCAAUUCCUAGACCUGGCAAAGAAUUACACUUCUCUCUCCGGUGUUUUGAUCAGUGUAGAGAAUGCAGCAUACUUGAGAGAGAAGCAAGGGCUCGACGUGGUUCAAGCGGUUCUCGAUACACUCACGAAAACUGGUUACAACAAUGGGACAACCACAACAAAGGUCAUGAUUCAGUCUACCAACAGCUCAGUUCUAGUUGACUUCAGGAAGCAGAUCAAGUACGAGACUGUCUACAAAAUUGAAGAAACAAUUAGUAAUAUUCAUGACUACGCCAUUGAAGACAUAAAGAAAUUUGCUAACGCUGUUGUCAUUAACAAAGAUUCAGUCUUUCCUAACUCUGAGUCGUUUCUCACUAAGCAAACCAAUGUUGUGGAGAGACUGAAGAAGUCUCAGCUCACGGUUUAUGUGGAACUGUUUCGGAAUGAGUUUGUAUCGCAACCAUAUGACUUCUUCGCUGAUGCAACUGUUGAGAUAAACACAUAUAUCUCUGGCGCCGGUGUUAGUGGAACCAUCACAGAGUUCCCUUUCACAGCUGCAAGAUACAAAAGGAAUCGAUGUUUGGGUAGAAAAGAAAUACCACCUUAUAUGUUACCUAUUCAACCCGGUGGCCUCUUAGCCAUUAUGAAUCCUCUGGCCUUACCUCCAGCCCAAGCUCCAAACCCAGUUUUCGUAGAUGAUGAUGUCACUGAGCCACCACUACCUCCGGUUGUAACAAAAGCCCCAACAUCAACCCCUGGAACUCCAUCAAUCAUUGCAGAAGCACCAAGCGGACAAACCCGACUUAAGUUAUCUCUUCCCCUCUCUGUUUUUUUCCUCUCUCUUCUACUUUUGUGAUCAGCCCUAUAUCACAUCUCCUCUCUGUUUAUAAUGCCUUCCACCCUCGUAAAGAUUUCCUUGUGUGAAUCUCAGUCAAAUGAUUAGAGUUUAUAUGUGUGCCGGUUUACACUUUGGUUUAAUGUCAUUUGGUCAUUGUACUUGUUAA